UGCUGUCUGGGAAUAAGCCCUGGGCAUCCCUGAUGGAAUAUGGCAAGGGAGGGGCGCUGCCCUCCCCCAGGGGUGACCGCACACACGCCUCCCUGGGGCUACCCCCAGACGGGCUACAAGUGGCCCCAGGGAGAGGGGCUGCAGCCUGAAAGAGACCUGGAUCGCUAUCCAGCCCUGCGCCUCAGGUCACAGCCUCCACCCCCAAGGGCGGGGUCAUCCCGCCCCUCCCCGCCUCCCAUAAGUGCCUGGAGCCCAGAGUUCCUGCACACUGGGCCUUGGCAGGUAGGACUGGAACCUUGCUGGCUUGCAGGGGGCCAGCGCGCGUUGCGGGAAAGCGGGCGGCCCCUGGUAGGCUGUCCCAGGUGCUACUGAGCCCCGAACCUCCCCCGCAGCAGGGCACCCCCGGAGGCCGCUGACUGGCUCAAGGACCAUGAGGGUAGCUGGGUGGACGGGACGGACCCUGCUGUGGGUGCUGCCCGCCCUGCUAAUAACGCUGGCUGUGCACGGGGCGGUGACCGUGGCGCCCACCUUCCCGUGGCGGGAUGAGGAGACACAGGAGUUACUGGUGUGCGACCAGUGUCCGCCAGGCACCUUUGUGCAGUGGCCCUGCCGCCGAGACAGCCCCACGGAUUGCGUCGCCUGCCCAUCGCGCCACUACACGCAGUUCUGGAAUUACCUGGGGCGCUGCCGCUACUGUAACGUCGUCUGCGGGGAGCGCGAGGAGGAGGUGCAGCCGUGCAGCACCACGCGCAACCGAGCCUGCCGCUGCCGGGCCGGUUUCUUCGCGCACGCGGGCUUCUGCCUGGAGCACGCGCAAUGCCCGCCCGGUGCCGGCGUGGUCGCUCCUGGCACCCCUAGCCAGAAUACGGAGUGCCAGUCCUGCCUUCCAGGCAGCUUCUCGGCCGGCAGCUCGAGCUCAGAGCGCUGCCAGCCCCACCGCAACUGCUCAGCGCUGGGUUUGACCCUCAACGUGCCCGGCUCGGCCUUCCACGACGCGCUGUGCACCAGCUGCCCUCGCCUUGGGCUCAGCGCCCCCGACUCCCAGGAGUGCGAACGCGCCCUUCUGGACUUCGUGGCCUUCCAGGACAUCUCCUUCAAGAGGCUCAUGAGGCUGCAGCAAGCCCUGGCUGCCCUAGGUGCGAGGAGGCGCCAGGUGUCGCGGGAGGAGGGUCGCGCCGCCUCGCAACUGAAACUGCGGCGGCAGCUGGCGGAGCUGGGUGCGGGCGAUGGGGCCCUGGGGGCGCGGUUGCUGUGGGUGCUGCGGGCUGCCAGACUGGCAGGCCUGGAACGCAGUGUCCGCUCGCGAUUCUUCCCUGUGCCUUAAGCCCGCCAGGUCAUCCCCUUAUUUAUUCAUUGGCUGUUUGCACGUAUU